UUCUGCACCUGAGCACACCGAAACGAAACCCGGACGUGUCGCCGUAAACUAACCGUAUUAGAUAAUCGUGGAUAGGUCCGAACUUUGUAAGUGGAGCGAGAUUGGUUCUGGUUUUGGGUCUCUUCGGUCAAAAAGAACGUAAACACGCAAUCCAGCCACCCCCAACAACACACCUCUAAAACGUGUGCAACCAAAAAGUCGGUGGGCUUCAAUCCCAAACCCUAAAUCGCCACCGUCUCCAUUCAUUUCUAUGAGUUGUAACUGCUGCGGCGCCGGCAUGCGUUGAACUUCGUUGUUGAUUAAUUCGGUUGUUGAUUCUGUUGAUUGAUUCAGUUUGUGCUCAAUUGUUAGGUUUGACGACAUGGAUUUGGUACCAAGUAUCAAGGAAAAAUUAACGUAUUUCCGCAUAAAAGAGCUCAAAGAUGUGCUGACUCAGUUAGGUCUUUCAAAGCAGGGAAAGAAGCAGGAUCUCGUUGAUCGCAUAUUAUCCAUUCUCUCAGAUGAACAAGUUUCAAAAAUGUGGGCUAAGAAGAAUGCUGUUGGGAAAGAACAGGUGGCAAAAUUAGUGGACGACACAUAUAGGAAAAUGCAGAUAUCAGGGGCCACUGAUCUAGCAUCAAAGGGUCAGGUUGUGUCAGAUAGUAGUAAUGUGAAGGUUAAAGCCGAAGUUGAGGAUUCCUUUCGAUCAGCUACGAAGAUCCGCUGUCUCUGUGGAAGUACAUUGGAAACGGAGGAUUUGAUCAAGUGUGAUGAUGCAAGAUGCCAAGUGUGGCAACACAUCAGUUGUGUUGUUAUUCCAGAGAAACCUAUGGAAGGCAUCCCCCCAGUUCCAGAUAAAUUUUAUUGUGAACUAUGUCGACUCAGUCGUGCAGACCCGUUUUGGGUUUCAGUGUCUCAUCCUUUGUUACCCGUAAAGUUGACCACAACCAGUAUUCCAACUGAUGGUACCAACCCAGUGCAGUGUGUGGAGAGAACAUUUCAACUCACAAGAGCAGACAAAGACAUGGUAUCAAAACAAGAAUUUGAAGUCGAGGCUUGGUGUAUGCUUCUGAAUGACAAGGUUCCAUUCAGGAUGCAAUGGCCACAGUAUACAGACCUAGCGGUCAAUGGCCUUCCUGUUCGAGCAACUAACAGACCCGGUUCACAAUUGCUUGGGGCUAAUGGUCGUGAUGAUGGUCCAAUUAUCACAACGCCUGCAAAAGACGGAAUUAAUAAGAUUUCCUUAACAGUAUGUGAUGCUCGCAUUUUUUGUUUAGGGGUUCGCAUUGUUAGAAGGCGCAGUUUGCAACAGAUCCUAAACUUAAUUCCAAAGGAGUCUGACGGUGAGCAUUUUGAAGAUGCUCUUGCACGCGUCUGUCGUUGUGUUGGGGGUGGAAAUGCAGCUGACAAUGCUGACAGUGACAGUGAUUUGGAAGUGGUUUCAGAUACUUUUAGCAUUAACCUUCGUUGUCCGAUGAGUGGUUCAAGAAUGAAGAUUGCUGGAAGAUUUAAACCUUGCAUUCACAUGGGUUGUUUUGAUCUUGAUGUUUUUGUGGAAAUGAAUCAACGUUCAAGAAAGUGGCAAUGUCCUAUAUGUCUCAAAAACUAUGCAUUAGAGAAUAUCAUCAUUGACCCUUAUUUCAAUCGCAUCACUUCUAUGAUGAUUAAUUGUGGGGAAGAUGUUACAGAGGUUGAGGUGAAGCCUGAUGGUUCUUGGCGUGUUAAGGCAAAGAGUGAAAGUGAACGUCUGGAUUUAGGGAAUCUUGGCCAAUGGCACUUUCCUAAUGGGUCCCUCUGUGCUUCUAUUGAAGGAGAUAUCAAAAGAGUAGAAACAUUGAAGCAAGUAAAACAGGAAGGUUUUUCAGACGGACCUGCUGGUUUAAAACUUGGCAUCAGGAAGAAUUGCAAUGGAAUUUGGGAAGUCAGUAAACCUGAGGACACAAACACCUCUUCUGGUCGUAGAUUGAAAGAGGUUUUUGGAAAUCCGGAACAUGUUGUUAUUCCGAUGAGCAGCAGUGGCACUGGAAGUGGUCGUGAUGGUGAUGAUCCCAGUGUUAACCAGGGUGGUGGUGGUGGGCAUAUUGAAUACCCUAAUACCAAUGGAAUUGAGAUGGAUUCUCUGUCUCUCAAUAAUGUUGAUUUAGCAUGUGGAUAUACUGUGCAUAACACAUCUGCUCAGGUGGGUGGUGCAGAAGUGAUUAUUCUUAGUGAUUCCGAAGAAGACAAUGAUAUAUUGGUAUCUCCUGCAGUUGCACUUAAGAACGACCAAAAUGAUACUGCAGAUGGUUACUCCAUGCCACCGCCUGGAGUUGUUGACCCAUAUGUUGACGAUCAGAACCUUGGUGGAAAUUCAUGCUUGGGGCUUUUUCCUAAUGAAGAUGAUUUUGGGAUGUCUUCCCUGUGGUCACUGCCUUCUGCUACUCAGGCUGGUCCAGGAUUCCAAUUAUUUGGUUCUGAUGCAGAUGUGUCUGAUGCAUUGGUCCAUUUGCAGCAUGGUCCUAUUAAUUGCACCUCAUCACUGAAUGGUUAUGCAUUGGCUCCUGAAACUGCUUUGGGACCUAGUAGUCUCUUGCAAGAUUCCUCUGCUGGUCGGUCAGAUGCUGACUUAAACGGUGGUUUGGUUGACAACCCAUUGGCAUUUGCUGGAGAUGAUCCCUCGCUUCAGAUUUUUCUCCCCACAAGACCAGCCGAGUCAUCUGUGCAGAAUGAAUUGAGAGAUCAAGCAAAUGUCUCCAAUGGUGUCUGCACUGACGAUUGGAUAUCCCUUAGUCUUGGAGGUGGUGCUGGUGGCAGUAAUGGUGAUGCUCCCACUCAAAAUGGAUUGAACGCUAGACAUCAAAUCCCAGCCAGAGACAAUGGCUCAAAUACUUUGGCUGAUUCUGCUUCUUUGCUUCUUGGUAUGAAUGAUGUAAGAUCUGACAAAGGAAUUAGAAGAUCAGAUAGCCCUUUCUCAUUUCCUCGCCAAAAACGCUCAGUAAGGCCCCGUUUGUACCUUUCUAUUGAUUCGGAUUCGGAGUAAAGGUGUCAGAACUUGUGUCUCAAGAACUUUAGGGUCUCAUAGCAUCAGAUAUUGCAUUUAGAAAUUGAAGGAAGUUGGAGGCAUUUUUGGUCCUCUUAAAUUGUCUGUUCAUGUUUUCUGAGGCAUUUCUUGUGGAAUAGCUAUAUAAAUUGCCCCAGCCAAAACGCUUGCACCUACCUUCUUUGGCAAAGAUAUUGGCUGCAAAGAUUCUCUCAAUUCUCUAUGCUUUGAUAUUGGAGUUAGCGGGUUGUGGUCAAGCUACCAUUCCUUCAAUUUUCAAUUACCUACCGAGGGUAUAGUGCUUGUUUACUGUACAGUUGAUCAUAUUCAAUCCGGUAGUUUAAACUUCUAAUUUGGUGGGGGAGUUCUACUUAGGAAUAUAUUAUCUGCAUUUUUGGCUCUUCUUAGAGCAAAUAACCUGUAAAUGUUAGCCUUCGGAUUCAAUAGUAAAAUUAAAAAGGUUUUUAUUGAUCACAAAGGUACUUUUCUUGGCUUGUGCCUAUUUUUACAUCUGGAUUUUAGUAAUUAGUUGUAAAUAAUUAGUUACAAAAUGCGUCCUGGAAUAAUACUUUUCACCGAGGAUGAAUACUUGUCUGUCCA